CUUGUUUUUGGUAAACACCACACGUGUGUGUAAAUGUCAAGUUGCGUCAACUUGAUUUAAAAGAUGCAAAUUUUUCUUCGAUAGUUGUGAAUCAAAGUUUAAUAUAUGUUUUUGAGAUGUCGUACGACUUUAAAGAUGAAGAACAAGUUAAAGAAUAUAUAAAAAAUCUUGGCACAGAAUAUCGUUUUCAGUGUUAUCAUGAAAAAAUCCCGGAAGGCUGUCACAGACUAGGAGAUUUUUUUGAAAGCAUCAAAAAGGAUCUUGAAAAAGCAAGCAAAGUGUUCAAAACCAACUGUGAUGACAACAACUAUGGAUGGAGCUGCUUUAAGGUUGCCAAUUACUUAUUACAUAAUAAAGUUUCAGCUGAAAAAAAAGAAAAGAAUGGAAAAGAAAUAGCACAGUAUUUUGUGAAAGGAUGCGAAAAUGGCUACGUUCCUUCCUGCCACCUUGCAGGAUUGCUAUUUAGUACCGACAAGAUAGGGCCAGGCAAGGACUUCAAGAAAGCGGAGCAUUACCUACAGAAAGCUUGUGAUCAGAAAUACGCUGCAAGUUGUUACCAGCUCAGCGCGAUGUUCAUACGCGGUAGUGAGGAAUAUCCCAAAGACAUGGCAAGGGCUUUUAAAUAUUCAUUGAGGUCAUGUGAUAUGAACCAUAUGUAUGCCUGUUCCAACGUCAGUCAGAUGUAUAAGAAGGGAGACGGAGUCGUGAAAAAUUUAAAUCUGGCAGAAAAGUUCAGAAAGAAAGCGAAAGAGCUUUUUGAAGCACAGAAGGUUCCAGAAAAGCCGAUAGCGUUUAGUGAAUAGAACUUUAGAAGACAAUGUUUGCAGUGCGUAUCAACUUUAUUUUGUUCAGCACCAUGUUGUAGCUGAUUACGCAAGUUUUAAAGAUCACUACAAAAAAAUUUAAUUUUAAAUAUUAGUUGCUAUUCAAUUUUAAAAUAUAUUAUCAUAAUGUAUAAUCCUAUUGGAUAUUAAAAAGCUUUUUUCACAUUU